GACAGCACUCUUUCCCAAGACAAUUUCAUUAAAAAUGCAGUGCGUGUCCCGCGUCGCUCAGCGCUCGGCUGUUAGCCGCCCCCGCGUGGCUUCUCGCCAGGCGGUGAAGGUCCAGGCCGUCAAGCCGGCUGAGCAGAAGGCUGCCAUGGCUGCGGUUGCGGCCACUGCCUCGACCCUGGCGCUGGCGCUGGCUCCGGCUGCCCAGGCCGCUCAGGAGGUGGCCAUGCUUGCUGAGGGCGAGCCCGCUAUUGUCCAGAUUGGCUGGGCUGCCACCUGCGUCAUGUUCUCCUUCUCUCUGUCUCUGGUCGUCUGGGGCCGCUCUGGCCUGUAAACUACCUGCAGCAGAAAUCCAAGCUGUGGACCAGCAUACGCCUAGAUCGGUUUUCUGUCUGAAACUCGGCUCCCGACGUUAACAGCUGCGUCCUUGGCGGGGUUACGGGGUGAUGAUGGAGCUGACGUGUUUGUGGCUUUAUAGUGCAGGACCUUGACUAAGGCCCUUUGCAGUGCGCGAGGGCACGGCAGCUGCACCGGUUUUGCGCAACUCGCGGUCCCCCUUCCCUUCGUGACGGGGAGAGAACUGUGAGCGGUUGCAAGCCGCCGAAUUUUGCCGAGUGGGGAGAGUGCGGCCACAGCGUCUUUACAUUGAUACUAUCCUGUGUGCCGUGGUGAGCAGUGGUGGUGCGAUGCCAUUACUUAGUUCGUUCGUACGCUCAGCCUGGCUUGGCCAGGUUGGAGCCGCCUGAUGGUGUGGAAGGUGUUCUGUGCCUCUCUUGGCACAAUGCAGCUUUUCCUCCGCUUGAACAGCUUGUCCUUUUUCGGGCUGUGAGACUCGUUGACCAGUCUUUUGUGUUGCGGCGCACGUGUCCGGAUGUAACAAAGUAAUGAACAACUACCUCC